ACCAUGGAGGAUGAUACGAUCACGCAAACCUGGCAGCAAAAAUUACUAUUUUACAUCACCGCUUUCUUCGUACUGCUCGGCAUCUUCAGCUUGUUUUCGUUCUUAUUUCUGGUGCCUUUCGUCAUUGACCCGGCCUUUACAACGAUUUUUAUGGAGUUCGACGAAGAACCGGCUUACUGUGUGACCGUGAAAACGGAUCGCCGCUUAGGCGCCUCCAAUUGCAGCUGGACCUCAUGCCGGGAGGGUUGCACCAAAGACAUCUACGAUUGCACCCAGAUAUUCGUCAACUACAAAAUUUUCACCAACAAUUCGUGGAAUGUAAGCGUGCACCCGACCGUGACGUCCUACGCGGGAUUCGAAACCAAUUUGCUGAACGAUUACGAAGAUUACGAAGAUGAGCCGGAAACGGGAUUGCAAGGAAACAAGUCCCAAUGGUAUUACAAACAGGCCAAACUUUUACCCAACGUCAAAGGUUGUGGUUACCCACCGAUGCUCAACUGCACCGUCUGGUUGAAAGCUUACGUAAACGUAGGAUCGAACUUUUCGUGUUACUAUAGUAAAAUUCAACCUGGUCUCGUCAUAAGCCAUUUGGACAUGUGGCAGGUUUACAUGAACUUAAUAUACGCUAUGUGUAUACCCAUACCUUCUUUCAUUGUGUCCGUAAUUUACUUAGCUUUUGCUUAUUUUAAAAUUUAUACGGACGAUGAAGAAGCUGCACCUCUUAAGAAAAACGCAGAAGCGAUUGACGUCGAAGGUGAAAGCGGUCCCGGUCAAACUCCAGUUCCACCCGCAAGUGGCGGCUUAACACCAGGCAGCGAAGCAUUCAGGGAAGAUUUAGCCAGCUUCGGUCAUCACUUUAAGGUAGCCAUGGUGGAUGAUAUAAGUCGCGAUAGUUUAGUCGAUGGAAUAAUUACAUCAGUAUCAAUAGGAGGGAGUAUUGGCAAGACGAUGACUACGAGCAUCUCAACUACGGGUGGUCCGGUGGCCGACAUUUAAUGUAUAUCGGAUAUUUUCCCAGGCUUGUGUAUCGAUUAUUUUUUAAGGCGUUUGAUAUCACGGAUUAUCUCAAUUCAUAGAAAACGUUUCAGGCAAAAGUCUACCCGCUUGAUCAGCUAUCUACGACCCGUGGCGUAAUUACCAGCGAUGUACAUAAUAUUAUCCCGCAAUCGAGUAAAUUUAUUAAAGACGCAAACUUUGUUCAUAAUAAGCGUCUUACAAUUUUUAACCUAUUCCUAGACAUAUAGCAGAUAAUAUUUUAAACGCGAAAUUUUUAAUAAUCUCGAUGUAAUUUAUUUACUAAAAUGUUGAAUCCUGUGAUGAAAAUAGUUAAGUAAAAUUAUAGACAGGCAGUGUUUUAACCAUGUUCUAUCGCAUAAUUCACAUUCACAAUGGCUAAAUCGAAAUUUUUCCUACGAUUUUUUUUUUUCGAAACACUGCUAAUUUAGUGACGGUUGACGUUAUUGCUAGUGAGGGUUGAAUUUCCGAAAUAGCACCCGCUUAUAGGAAUUCGCAAAUAUCGAAAUUCCAUUAUUUCUGGAAUUCAAUUUAAUACGGUUGAAGUAUUAAAGUGGUGUUUUAAAGACUUUAAAAUUUUAGAAAAUAGUUCGGCACAAAACGUUUAAAUUGUAUUAAAACUUAUAUAGUCUAUACAGAAUUAAAGAGUACGGUCUAUAAUGAAGUAUAUAUUUUCACUAUAAAAUAAAAACCACAAGCCUAUAAUACCCAAAGCGUUAGCGGCGUUACUUCAAUUAGUUUUCACAUCGUAUGUGUUUAUUAGAUGUAGAAGUUUGGUUACGAAUUUUGUUCAGUUCAGCCAAUCAGCACAUACAGUAAAUUACUAAUGUCCCACAAUGGCGGCCUGCAAAAACCGCGUCACCUAAGCAAAAUAAAAAUAAUAAUAAUAAUAAUAAUAAUAAAUACGGGGAUUUGUAUCCGCCACCGCGAGGACGUAGGUAUUAAGUUACCAAAAAUUGCAGUUAGUAAUACAUGCCUUACUUCAGUCAAUCACAAAUUUGUUGAAGGUUGAAAAAUAUUUUUGUACAAUUCGAAAUGAAGUUUCUGUUUUAGAUUCCUGCGAAAUGUGAUACGUGUUCGUUUUGAUUUGACACACGGUAACGCAAGUGUUUGUUUAUUUUGCACAGCCCUGUAUAUUAAAUUUUAGCGUAUGCUAGAAUAAAAGCGAUUCUAAAAAUAAAAGUAGAUUUUAGGCAAACAUUUUUAUUAGUAAAAAUGCUUAAGAGCCGCCAACUAAGUAAAGGUCGUCGUUUAACAACCAAAUGAAACUGGACUUUGUGAUUCGAUGUUUGGUUUACGUGCAAUACGCGCAAUAUUUAUGUAAAUAUUAUUGACAUUUCGUUCGUACCUCAAGAAUAUGUUUGUUAUAAGCAUUUUGCAGUCUAUAUACGCUGUAAAUAACACAUUGUCUUUAAAAACUGUUAAAAUGUUUAAGUAAACUGUUAAAAAUUUUAUCAUACAGAUUUAUUUUGUUACAGGGUGUUUCAAAAACCAAACUCCGUAACAAUCGGCAGUUGUUUUUGAGCCAUUUUGUAUUCGAUUCCUUCCGAUUGCUAAAUUAAUAAUAAUAUUGUAUAAUGUAUGCGUAACAUGUGGACACUGUUCGACACUUUGCCUUCUUCUGAUUGGAAUACUUAAUUGAUUGUAAUGUUUUUACUAAAAUAAUAACAAAAAUCGAAAUAAUUAUGUAAAUAUGGCACAGACCACGGCGGAACCAAGAAAUACCUAGAUCCAUACUACUAAGGACUUCCUUGUAUAUUCUAAUGUAAAAAAUCUUGUCGACUUUGACGUUUGUCGUUUUUUUACAUUUACAGUUUUUUGUUUAUUCAUUACGUUAAUAACACAGCAAGGAUUAAACGCUUGCACAGCACAACGGAGUACAAUAAUUUAAUUAGUUGGUGUUGAAAUGACGCAAAAGCAAUUACUAAUAAUGUUGCAGCUUUUGCGCGAUCCUCCUAAGCUUAACGUGGUGGAUAAAUAACGGAGAUAUCAUCUUCCACUGACAUUGUCCAAUUUAAUCGUGAAUUUCGCGCACUCUUUCCCAAUGACAGCCCGUGUAAUAGCACAUCUAAUUGUAAGUACAAAAUAUAAGUAUGCCUUCAUUGUUGUAUGCCAUCCACGAUACUGGUGCUCAAAAUGCGACUUUAAUAUAAAGUUUGACUGCCAGAUUACGGUUAGUGGACAGCGACUGAUUUGCCGGGCGUUACAAGACGUAGUUUGUAAUGCCCGCCCCGAGAGGUCGCUGUAAUAGAAAGCUUUUUAUAAUGCUCAAUAAUUAUUAUUAAAAGUUCUACACGUUCUUUGUUUGUUUCUCGUGUAAAAUACCCGUAGCAAUAAAUUUUGAAAAAUAUCAUAACCUAAGUGUCUAGAGCUUUGACGUUCCUUUAAACCCGUGUACAUAUUAUAGCGGCUUUGUGUUUAGCCGUGGUCUGGGUGCUAAAAUAAAAUCGUUUCGACAUUUACAAAGCGGUCGGCUCGUUAUAAAAAAACACCGCGUGUUUGGACAGCAAUCGAGACCUUUUUGUUUGUAAGGGACCAAGAUGGUAAGGGACAUAUGCGCUUGAUAAAUUGACGAAACGGUUUUAACUAAAACAAAAUAAAAUUUAUUUGUGUCAAAACUUGGCAUCGUUGUUUACUAUUACUAAGGUCGUUUUGACAGCUUUAAAUCAUUGUACUGAUUGAACGGCUAACAGUUUUUCUUUCAAUUUGUCAUUGUUAGACACAAUAUUUUUAAACUAAUUUGUGAUACUUACACUGCUCAUAUAGGAGUUAAAUACAAUUGAAAACUCACGAUACAUCUACAUUUAUUUCAACCUACUUAACUCGAUCGUUACAUAUGUCGCCACAACUGGCGCUAAAGUGUCCUUUCACUAGUUAUAGGCAACUAAAAUGCAUAAUUUCUCAGAUUUGCGGCGCCAUUUAUAUAAUUUUAUUCGAUUGUUUAAAUAUUUCACUCUCGCAUGGGCAUGAUUUUCCAUGUUGCGGAUUCAUUUGGCGUGGUAUAUAUAUAUAUAUAUAUAUUUACGCCUUAAGACUUCUUUUUAGUCACGACUUCGCUAGUUACAUUCCGCUUGCUGAGAUACGACUUAAAAGAAUAAGGACGGAUCACCCAUUGACCUGUUCUUGACAUAUAAAAAUAAAACAAUUAAAUUGCCAAAUCUGGAAUUUAUUUCACCCUAUAAACGGAAUCAAACGGUAAGGUUGAAUCGUUUACCGCAACACGUUUGCAAUGAAACGCGUUCGUACGGUUACUUUACAGCGUUCACGUUUUUACGCGACCACGAAGUCAACUCGAUAUAAAUAUCAAUUUAAAAAAAUUGCAAUCGCAAUAUAUAAGACAGUGUCGAAAACGAUCUAAAGACAUAUAUCACUGUUAUUAGCUAAAAAAAUAUUCAAAUUGUUACCUUGUAAUUUGUGAACCUACCCAAG